AGUCACACGCCCACCACAACCACCAAAUGGCUAGCACACAGCUUUCCGACCAAGUUUUCAGGCCUAUCCCCGCCGUGUGCGUCAGUUUACGGCGGCUGAGCACCACCAAAGCGAAUAAACUACCAUGCCAUCCACGUUCCAAAGCCUUGAAACACAAACACUUGGGGCUUCAAACAAGGCAAAACUACUCAAAGUGGGCUGUUAGACUUAGCUUAGUAGACCAAAGCCCGCCAAAAUCAACCGUCGACAUGGAAAGGGUGGUCGAUUUUCUGUACCAGGAUUUAGUUCACUUGUUUGAUGAUCAAGGAAUUGAUCGGACGGCGUAUGAUGAACGUGUGAAGUUCAGGGAUCCAAUCACCAAGCAUGAUUCUAUAACUGGCUAUUUGUUGAACAUUGCCUUCUUGAAGACAGUCUUCACUCCCAAGUUCCAGUUGCACUGGGUAAAACAGUCAGGACCAUAUGAAAUCACUACAAGGUGGACUAUGGUUAUGAAGUUCGUCCCUCUGCCUUGGAAACCAGAAUUGAUCUUCACUGGUACUUCUGUUAUGGGAAUCAACCCCGAAACUGGGAAGUUCUGCAGCCAUGUGGACUUCUGGGAUUCCAUUAAGAAGAAUGACUAUUUUUCUGUAGAAGGUUUGUUAGAUGUAUUCAAGCAGCUGAGGAUUUACAAAACUCCAGACUUGGAAACACCAAAAUAUGACAUACUAAAGAGAACAGCAAAUUAUGAGGUAAGAAAGUACUCCCCUUUUAUAGUGGUAGAAGGAAGUGCAGACAAGCUGUCUGGAUCAGCUGGUUUCAAUGAUGUUACUGGGUACAUCUUUGGAAAGAACUCAAAAAUGGAAAAGAUACCAAUGACAACUCCGGUGUUCACUGAGGCAUCUGAUGCUGAAUUUUCCAAAGUAUCCAUCAAAGUAUGUCUUCCACUUGACAAGGAUUUAAGCAGUUUACCAGAUCCUAAUGCAGAAACAAUUAGCUUGAAAAAAAUGGAAGAAGGCAUUGCUGCUGUUAUCAAGUUUAGUGGGAAGCCUACCGAAGAUGUUGUUCGUGAAAAGGAGAAUUUGCUGCGUGCUAGUCUUAUCAGAGAUGGUCUCAAACCUAAGGCCGGGUGUAUGCUUGCUCGUUACAAUGACCCUGGCCGAACUUGGAGCUUUAUAAUGAGAAAUGAAGUGCUGAUAUGGCUGGAGGAAUUCACAUUGGAGUAGCAUGUUCAACAUUGCCUAUUGUUCAACUAACUUUCCCUCAUAUCAUUGUUCUCCAACAGCAAGUUACUACUAAGAUGAUAUAGCUCAUGGAUUGAGUUGAAGAACAGCAUAGCAUGUGGAGCCAGCG